UUAUGAUGCAGAGCACUCUUGUUGUGCUGCUUUGUUUGAUUAUCGUCAACCAAGUUUUGCACGGCUCGGCCAAAUUACUUGAUCCACAAUGUGGCUUGAGCCCAAUUCAAAGAAGAAUAGUUGGAGGGUCCACUGCUGAACUGAACUCAGCUCCAUGGAUGGUAUUUCUACAUGAUCAAAGGGUAUUUAUUUGCGGAGGUUCUCUAAUUACGAAGGAUUUUGUUCUAACCGCUGCACAUUGUGUUCUUCCCACUCCCAAUCGAUUACUGGCUCGGUUGGGCGAGUACGAUUGGACCACAGAACCAGACUGUUAUAAUCGCUUUGUAUGUGCCCCACCUUACAGAGAUUACACGGUUACUAAAAUCUACACACACCCGCGGUACACGUCGAUUGCCAACCAUGACAUAGCUCUGCUAAAACUGAACCAGUCAGUGGUAUUCACAGAGACCAUACGACCUAUAUGUGUGUUAAUGCAUGAAAAUCCGGAUGAAUGGUAUUGGUAUGUGGAUGCGGUUAAGGAGUUCACUCUGUCCGGCUGGGGUGCUACAGAAAUGUAUUCGGUUAGCCCCAGGCUCCAAACCGUCAAUCUCACCCAAACCGAAAGGGGAAUCUGUCACGAUCAACAUGCUCCCAACGUCGAUCACACCCAUAUCUGUGCCGGAAAUAACUAUACCUAUGCCUGCACCGGAGAUUCCGGUGGGCCGCUCGUAACGACGGUUUACUAUGACGAAAGAGAGAUCCAUGCUCAGGUCGGGAUUGUUAGUAGUGGCUCGGAAAAUUGCAGAGGGAUAACCGUCUUCACCAAUGUGUUAAGCUUUACUCAGUGGAUUGCGCAGACCAUUUCAUAUGACGAGAGAUACAUGUGUUCUGGUUAAGCAUUUUAUUUAUCACAGUGUUUCUGCAGAGGUUCUUUAUUAAUAAAAUUG